UCAUUAUUUUAGGCAUAAAGGAAUAUCUUUUCUUUCAUUCACAUACCUUUUUGAAACCUUCCAGACUCCAAAGUUCUCUCUCUCCUUCUCGAGACCAACUGACACAGAGAGAGAGAGAAGCAUAGCAGACAUGGGAAGAGCUCCUUGCUGUGACAAAGCCAACGUGAAGAAAGGUCCAUGGUCACCUGAAGAAGAUGCCAAACUCAAGUCUUAUAUUGAGCAGCAUGGCACUGGUGGCAACUGGAUUGCCUUGCCCCAGAAAAUAGGCCUUAAGAGAUGUGGGAAAAGCUGUCGUCUUAGAUGGCUGAAUUAUCUUCGCCCAAACAUCAAACAUGGGGGUUUCUCAGAAGAAGAAGACAACAUCAUCUGCAGCCUCUAUGUCAGUAUUGGAAGCAGGUGGUCAAUUAUAGCAGCACAGUUACCAGGGCGCACAGACAAUGAUAUAAAGAACUAUUGGAACACUAAGCUGAAGAAGAAGCUCCUUGGAAAACAAAGAAAGGAACAACAAGCUCAAGCUCAAGCGCGCCGAGUCAGCAAUAAUCAGCAGAAGCAAGAUUUGAAAAGAGAAACGGAGAAUUUGGUAGUGGCUUCUGAAGUCAUCAAUCAAGUUCCCUAUUGGUCUUCAUCAGAGUUUUCUUCUGUGCCUAUGCCAGUGGUCAAUGCUUCCUUCCAACACUAUGGCCUGAACAAUCAAACAUCUCUUGGGAGCAUGAUUGUUAACAAACUAGAGGGAAUUACAUUUUCCAACGAUCAUCAUCAGCAGCAGCAGCAACCAUACGCCAAUGCAUGUGAAAUUCCCUCCCUACAAGACCAGGCUUUUCCAACCAUGGUAAAUCAAGUAACCGUGGUGAGCAAUGAAAACAAUAGCGGUACUUAUCAGCCAUCGAAUAUAUUUCAAGGGUUUGAAAACUUCCCAAGUGAUUUUUGUGAACCGGUCUGUGUCAACCCCCAACAAAUGGAGGCUUUUAAUUAUGGAAUGGAAUCCAUGGACAUGACUAUGAGCAAUGGUGGCAGCACGAACACGACUUCAACAGAAAGCACUAGUUGGGGUGACAUGAGCUCCUUGGUUUACUCUCCUUUGGUAUCUGACUAUGAACGUUGCAGACAAGGAAUUCCUCAAGAUCAUGUUGUUGCUUUCGAAGAGUGUAAGUACUUUGAAAUGCAGAUGCAAUAACGGCUCUGAAUACGAGGUGGUGUACAUGUCAAUUUGUACCGCAAAAAAAAUUGGUACUGGCCAAAACCCUAAUGAGUUCACUUUCGCUCACAUAAUUAUUUGUUGGUUUUGUAGUUUCUUGUUUCAUUCAAACUGUGCGAGCUAGCUUCUUCCAUAUGUUGAUACAUAUUGAGCACGACUCUUAUGUUUUGGAUUUGGUUGCUGUUAUAUUUAUAGUCCUAUAUAUAUGGAUGCUACAGAAGAAAGAAUCUUAAUCAGUAAUAGUGCGAGACCCUUGAAUACCUAAAUGUGUCAGUUUUCUACUGCACCUGGAUGGUCAAGUGCAGGAUAUAUAAUAGUUUUGGAUACGUUACAUAUGAUUAUACCACUCGAUAUAGUUUAAUUAUGAUGACAUUUAUGAUCAUAUUUGUACUUGAAAAUCUCAGUUUCUCACGGAAAUACAUGAUUGAGUUGUAACUUUCGCAAA